AUGGCCACAGGGUUGCUCACCAUCAUUUUACUCUGUGCUGUUGUGGCUGGAGCUUCAGGGAGAUCCUCAGAGAGGUUAAGUUAUGGAGCUUCCUGUUUUACAGAAUGUGCAGGACACAGUGCAUCAUACUUCCCCAAAAGAGCUAGAUACAGCUACAGGUACUCAGCAGUCACCAACACAUUCCUGCAGGGAAAUAGUUACAAAAGCAGUGGCAUCUCUCUGGAGAGCACAGUGAUCAUUGAAGUAUUGGGGAAUUGCCAGAUGGUUUUGAAAGUGCAAGAUGUACAGAUUAAGAAAAGUUUUGCAUCCAGAGAGGAGUCUCUGAUGGAAAUGGAGAGUCUAAGGGAAAUACUAGAACAGCAUCCUCUUCAUUUUUCUUUCCGUGAUGGGAAAGUUCUGAAGCUCUGUCCUGUGAGGGGUGAACAGACCUGGGCACUGAACAUCAAGCGAGGCAUUCUCAGUGUGCUGCAGACAGCACCAGAAUUCUCGGCUGGUGCUGUUGUUGAGGAGGUGGAUGUCCUGGGAAUCUGCCCAACCAGGUAUCAGCAAAAGGGUCCCAUUCUUGUAAAGACAAAGGACUUAAACCUCUGCUCCCAUCGCUCUUCUGGUUUGACUUCUGUGCAGUCUGUUGUUCUUCCUCAUGUGUCAUCUGAACAGCAGAUUGUGUCCUCCCAGCUGGAAUGUGUCCAGAGCAUCAGGGAUGGGGUCCUGGAGGAGGCCAAAUGCAGCGAGUCCGAGCGCGUGAGGCUGUUCCCUCAGCAGGGCAGCGGGGCAGAGACACAGACCUGGUCUGUGCUCACACUCAUGCAUGUGGAAACAGAGACACUCUACAGUAAAGGGGGCUCUGAGGAUCUGUAUGUGACUGACAUUCUCUAUGAAAGGGAGGUAACUAAGAGGGAGGUCACUGGAGCAGAAGUGACUGAACUGGUGUGGAAGCUUUGCUUAGCGCACAGUGCAAGUUAUGAGACUGCAGACCUUUUCAUGACUCUUGUGUUUGAGCUUCGACACCUUUCCCUUGAGGCCUUAAGGGCACUAUGGCAAAGAUCAUCAUUCAAGUGCAGAGACAAUUGGCAACCGUUAAUAGAUGCUCUCCCAUCUUGUGCCACAGAGGCAUGUGUUGUCCUAAUGAAAGACCUCAUAGCUUCUGGAGAAGUUGAAGAAGACAAAGUAGAACAUUUCUUCUGGUCAUUUGCAUUCAUUCCUAAUCCCACUUCAGGCAUGAUUGAAUCUCUUGCUCCUUUGCUGAAGUCACCUAGAGCAAGCCAGAGCUGCUUCUUGGGAGUAACUGCUCUUGUACAUAGGUUUUGUUCAGCUCACAGCUCCUGUGGUGUUGUACCUGCUGUGCAGAGUGUGAUAAGGACUCUUGGGAAAUUUUUGGGAGGAAACUGUACUGUGCAAAAUCCAGAACAUCUCAGCAAGCUGCAGCUGGUGCUGAAAGCCAUCGGGAACGCGGGGCUGGCAGCGGCUGCGCUGGCUCCUGCUCUGAGCUCGUGCGCUGCCCUCAGGAGCCAUCCCAUGGAAAUCCGCCUCGCAGCCGUCCAGGCCUUCCGGCGCAUUCCCUGCUCCCUCAGGAAUGCUAUAUUAGUUCAGCUGUAUCAAGCAACCAGCGAAGAUGUGGAAAUAAGAAUUGCUGCUUAUUAUAUAGCAAUGAAAUGUCCACAUGAAGAGUUAUUUAAACAAGUACAAAAGACUUUGCUGAAAGAAACAUCCAGCCAAGUGGGCUCCUUUGUUUGGAGUCAUCUCACUCAGCUCCUGGAGACAGAUGACCCAUUGAAGGAGCACCUUCGAGAUUCUAUUCCUGAUGAAAUCCUUAGCAAAGAUUUUGAUGGGGAGAUGUGGAAACACUCCUCAUACUCUGAUGUCACAUUUCACUCAGGUAUGUCUGGUGCAGGUGCAAAUAUGGAAGCAUCAGUGGUCUUUUCUCCUACAUCUUUUCUACCACGAACAGUCGUGACAAAUUUGACUGUUCACUUCAUGGGACAGGCUAUAAAUCUCCUGGAGGUUGGUGUACGAUUGGAGAAUGCUGAAACUCUCAUAGAGAAGGGGUUUGGGCCGAAAUCUUCUACUUUCAGUGACUAUUUUUUUGGAAACACCAAAGAAGGAAACCACAAAUCAGAAACUCCAGUGGAGACAGCAGAAGAAGUCAAGCAGAGGAACCCGACUUUGAAGCGAUACAGCCCCACUGAUCACCUUUUCACUGAGAGAACAGUAAGAAAGGAGGCGUUGAAAUGUCAGCUAAGCAUGAAAAUCUUUGGAAAUGAACUUAGCUUCUUAAAUUGUGAAGAUUUAAGAAAACAAAUGAAACAUUAUUCCUUAAAUCUGGCUGAGUUGGCUGUCAAACUUCUGAAGGGGCAGGAGGUCCAGUUUAAUAAAAGGAUGAGCUUGGCCACUGAAGAGCUGCAGUUUCCAGCAAUUUCAGGCUUUCCUGUUCAACUGGCAGUCAAUGCCUCAGCAGCAAUCAACAUAAAAAUCAAAGGGAAUGCUGAUUUCAAACAACAGUCCAAUUUCUUUCUAAAUGGAUAUAUCAAACCAAGUGCAUUUGUUCAGCUUUCUGUCCAAAUGGGAAUUGUGGGGACUCUGGGACAAGCUGGCCUAAAGUGGUUAACAGGAAUGAGGACAUCUACUAGUCUUGAUGGGGGGAUCCAGGUGAAGAAAGGGAAAGAGCUCAAAGUUUUCUUGAACACUCCAGAAGAAUCUAUGGAGAUAAUUGAUUUCAGCUCUAAACUCUACUACAGAAUGGUGGAUGAGACAGAGGAUAUAGAUGUCUUCCAAGACCACACAGAGAUCAGGUCUUGCACUAGGGAGGAAGUAUCUGAGAUUAUUGGCUGGCAGCUGUGUUCUGCAAUGUCCUAUCCUGACCCAGCCAGUGGUUUGGUUUUCCCCCUCAGUGGACCUUUGAGAGUGGCUGUGACAUUAACUAAGCAAGACAGAGGCCUGCAGCAGUACGUGGUGGAAGCUGCCUAUGACCACAUAGCUCAGGAGAAUUCAUGGAUCCCUAGUGAAGCUGUCUUUCACUUCUUCCUUGGGACUCCAAAGUCAGACUUGAAAAGAGAUAUUGGUGUUGACCUAAGUUUUAGUGUCCCACAGAGGAGAUUCAGAAUCCAAUUGAUACAACCCAAGAAAAAAAUUGAGAUUGAUGGGAGGAUUGAGUUCUCUAAAAGUUCCCGAGUUGGACACCUGGAGCUGAUAGUGGAUGACCGAGAUGUGUAUUACAUUAAGGGAAUGGCAGAUUUGCAGAUGCUGAGUGGAAAGCAGAGAUACAUGACCCAGCUGGAGGUAAAGCUGAUAAAGCAAAGCAGUCCUAUCAUUUUGUCAGGAAACAUCACUAAACAGCUUGGCAAGAAGAUAGCUUUUUCAGUAUCUCUGAAUAAUUUGUUGAAGGAUGCUGCCUUUCUUUCAGGACUUCUGGAGAAAAAGGUUGAUGAUAAGCAGAGACAAUACACACUGGAAGGGGAGACUCACCUGCCAGGUGUUCUUGGAGUUCAUGCCAUUGCUCUUCUCCAGCAGCGUGAGGGAUUGUGGUCUCAUGGUCUGCAGAUUAAAUAUGGACUUCUAGGAGAGGCAAAAACCCCUUGCCACGAGUGCAGCACGCAGCAGAAAGUUCAAGUGGAGAUGGGUCCACGGGGCUUCUACAGCCUGGAGCUGGGCCAUGAGUUUCACUGUGUGCAGGCUCCCUCCUACAGCCACCAGAUGGAAGUGAACUAUGGGAAACAUUGGGAUGAAAUAAACAACAAGAAGAAAGUGCUGAUCAGCCAAGCCUUUAAGAACAGUUCCAGUUCAUCUGUAGUCAGCUAUUUCAUGGAGUUUACCAUGCAAGUCCUGGAAAAACAGAUGAAUUACAGAACCCAGCUGCAGCACUUGCACACCUCUCAGGUGUAUUUGCAGAGCAGCACCAACUUUGAGGUGCAGUAUAAUGACCAUGUGCCAUUUGUGGCUGGGCUGCAGUGGAAGGAUGCAUCCAGAAAUGGCCUGAAGAAGUGGGAAGGUGGGUUCAGUAUAGACACCCCAUGGCUCUACCUGUACACAGCUCACAAACUGCACCAGCCUCAGCAUUCUGCUUAUUUACUGACAUCCCAGCUGACAGCUGCAAGAGCUCUCUCCAUUAAAGACCUUGUACUGGAACUAUUCUAUAAAGAUCAAGGCAAUGAGAAGGAAGGAAAAGUUCACAUUUACACACCAGCUACCACAUACCUGCAGGCAUCCACAGUUAAUCAUCUUGGGAGGAAUGUUCUGCAUAGCUAUAAUGAAAUGGUCUCUCUGUGGAAUCAGCUCGUGAAGAAUGAGAUUCAUUUGGAGAAUAAUGAACCAGCCAAACUUCUCUGCUUUAAGAUAAAGAGUACGAAACAGGAAUUCAACUUCACAGCCAGCUAUCAGAAUCUGCCAACGUGUGAAGGUCAGAUAAAGGAGCUGAGGAAGGAGAAGAUGCUCUAUCAAAAACGUGCAACCCUUCAUUUCAGGCAUCCUUUUAAAGUGCCUUUUCUGCAGAGCUUCUUUCUGCAGGAAACAUUUACUGUUGACAAAAAGCAAAAGCACUACUUCAUGGAAACAAAAGUUUUAAUAAAUGGAGUGCAGGAAACAAUUCAAACUCUCAUUCUUGGUUACCAACCUGAAAACCCCUAUAUUUGUGCUGGCUUAACUCAUCCUUAUAACUACAGCAUGUUUCCCAAAGAUGUUGAAAUGUGCAUUUUAACUCUAAGUCAUCAAAAUCUUGAAUUUCCACAAGCAAUGACUCUAAGUGGGGAGCUGUUCUCCAGGCAGACUAAACUGGAACACUUGGACUGUGGUGUGAGUGCAAAAGUCAUCAUCAACAAGAACGUGUCUUCACAGGCCCAGGCAGCCCUGAAGAGCUAUGGUGAAAACAAUGUCAAUGGCUCCCUUCACCUUCAUUCCAAUGGAAGGGAAAUGCUGAUGCUGGAGGUUGAUAUGAACAAUGAAAAGAGGAGGAAUGCCAGAAUUGUUGAACUGAGGGCUUUUCUCCAUCAAACAGUCCUGACAAAUCCAGAAUCAGUACAGUUCCAGCUCAUGGGCAAAAUAUUUCCAUCAAGACUUCUGUUGUCUUCCGACUUGAAGCUUAAUGAAAAUAGUCUACACAUGGAUUUCAUGGGAGCCAGGGAGCAGAAAGUUGGUUUUGUUUUGUUCCUAAAUGGAAGAGUCCAACACACUUUUAUUGGAUUAAAGGCCAUACCUCAUCUCCUUUCUCUGGAUGGAUUACUGAAGUGCAAAAACAACAUUCAUGAUGGUAACGUCAAUGUGAUGGUCAACCAAAGACUGUAUGGACUGCAAGUCAGGAACAGGAAUGUGUUUGGGAAUACCACUGUGCACAAUCUCACUGUUGCCAUGGUUCAGAAUGGCAGUCAGGCAAUCCCAGGGGAGGCAAGACUGAAAGGACACCUGGAAUUGAGUAAAGAGAAGAAAAGGGGGCUAGCUAGCUUCCAGGUGGAUGAGAAGGCUCUUUCUGUAGAUUUUUUCAAUAUCAUGGAUCAUGGACACAGCAGAGUCAGUGGGACUUUCACACAUAAUGUUGACUUUUUAAAAGAUGCAGGGUUGCCUUUGGAUGGCAUUCUUACUGCCACAUGUGAGCAUGGCACAGGAAACCACACCAUUGCCAUAGCCCUGCAGAGUGGCAGUGAAAGGAUGGUUGCUGUGUUUGAGGGGCACAGAGUGGCCACAGAGCCUCCAACAUCCCAGCUGUCUGUGAGCUUAAAGCACAACAUCUCAAAGAUCAAGGAACAUGGGAUCCCUUUUGUUUUAGAAGCUGCUGGCUAUUAUGAGCAUUUCUCCAGAAAGAUUGCUGCAGGGAUAACAACCACAGUGGAGGCAGAGCAGCUCAAGAUUGACAUAGAGAAGAAAACCACUGACACUGCUAUAGAAAUUUCUCUUUCACUUCACCAUGAUGUGGGAGGACUGAUGGACAUUGUUCCACAUGUACUAGAGACUCCAGCAAGAGUUUCACUGAAUGGGUCAAUAUUUACCAGCAACUUUACUGUCAUCCUCUUUGGACAUGUUUCUUUUCAUGACAUAUUUGCCUGCCUACAACUCUAUGCCACCAGUAACACCCAUCCUCAUUUAGAAAUUGACUUCCAGCAUUCUUUGCCUUCACUUCAUUCUCUGGGAAUUGCCAGAGAGAACCAACUGAAGGUGUCAGCCAUGAGAAGUGACAAGUACAAGGGCAUCCUUGGUAUUGUCCUUGGGCCUUGCACUUUGGAAGCUGAUGGGGAAGUGAGCCUGGCAGGCAAUGAGACAGGAUGGGUGCUUGCUUUUACAAACAAGUGCGUCAGUCUAGAGGAUCUCAAUUUCCCAACUCAAUCCCGGCUCACAGGAUCCAUUCAGAAGGACAAGUGCCAGGCAGAGCUGCUCUCUGUCCUGGAAACAGGAGGCAAAACUGCCCAUCUUGAAGUGAGAGCAGAGUGCAAGCCAAAGCUGGCUCUGGAAAUUCAGUUCAGGCAUGACCUCCCCCAGCUGAGGGAAAUCCCAAGGGAAAAUGAGCUGUCCAUCACUGCACGGAAACACUUAAAAUAUCUCAUUGGAGUUGGAAUAAAACUGGGGGCCUGUGAGCUUCAAAUGAAUGGGGACUUUGACCCUGAAAAGAACCUGCAGUGGAAAAUGCUUAUAGAAAACAAAUGCCAAACAAUUCAGGAUCUUGGAGCACCAAUGAAAAUUGAUGGCUCAGGCUAUCUUUUGAUGGAUGAAAUGAACCUAGAUUCACAGACACUGAUCACUGUUGAUGAAAGUAAAUUCCGAGGACUCUUUAUACUAAAAGUCACUGAUGAAAGACAAGAGCUGGAUGCAGUGCUAACCCAUAAUAUCCAAGGAGCUGCUGAUAUUGGCAUUCCCAUGAGGAUGUUACUUGAUGUGAUAUCAGAAAAAAAUAACGAAUUUUAUAAAGGAUUUAUCAAUUUCUGUGUGAACAACAAGCAAAUUACAGAAGAACUGAACUUUGUCCAGAAGUUGGAUGUUGUGUCUCUUAACUACAAACUUACUCAUAACAUAGACACAUUGAAGACUUUGCAAAUAAAAGACAGGAUUGAGUUGCAGGCUAUCUUGAACCUCAAAGUCACCCGGAGCUUUGGUUUGAAAGUGCUUUAUGGUGCUCACCUGACAGUUCUUGAAGGACAAAUUCAAGAGUUGGAAACAAUGGAUCUGUUCUGCCAGAGUGUGCACAGCAGUGAGGUACUCCAGGCUUCUGGCUACCCUAAGGCAAUCAACUUGAUUUUCAGUGUACAGAAAUCAGGCAGUACUGAAAUUUCUCAAAAAUCAGCUGCUCAAAUUGGAACUGCUUUGUCCCUUCAUAUAGAAAACAAAGCCAAGACUGUCUGUGAAAUCCAGUAUGAUGAGAAAGAUAUAACUGUGACUGUGGAUGUUGACACAGACUUUGAACUCUCUGGUAUAUUCGUGUUCAUGGCAGAGGUAAAUUAUGAUAUGAGUGAAGCAAAAGGCAAACUCUACCUCAGGAUGGAAAAAAGGGAUUUCAACGUUUCAGCAAAGCUAACUUUGACUGGAAGCAGCUACACCAAUGCCAUUGAGGUGGCACAGACCAUGGCCCAGUUAAAAAUUCUUCCAAGGCAACUUAUGUUUAUGACAAUUUACCAAAAAGGCAACAGAACUCAUCUGCUGAGGCACAUUGCCCUGUGGGAUGGCAAAGAGCUAAAGCUAACAGGCACUUACACUGGACUCUUCCCAAAGCUGCUUGGAGGCCAUGGCAUUCAGGUGGAACUUUUCCAUCCCCUCUCCAUCCCUUUUCCACGGCAUGCCUGGGCCAACUUAUACGUGAAACAUUCAGCACGCAGUCACCAGGAUGUCCUUACUGUCAUUUGGAAUGAAAAGGACAAGAUAUCAGUGUCAUCUUCUCUGAAGAUUGGAAGGCACCGGACAAGCUACAGAGCCACUGCUGCCCACCCAUUUAAUUACACUCUGAAGGAACUGGAGGUGCAUUCCCUGUCAGAAAGAAGGGGCAGAAAGUACAACCAGCAGCUGCAGGUCUCAGGGAAUGCUGGGCAGCCUGCUCACCUCCAGCUGGGGCUGGAGGAUAAAUCCAAGAUGGACAUCACUGCCUGGGGUGGCUGUGUGACAUUCUCUGCAGGCCAGAGAAAUCAACUCUUGUAUCCUGAUACGUUUCAGUUAGAAGCUGUUCUGGAAAAUAUUUUCCUGACCCCAUGUGCCAAACAGAAGAUUCUGGGUAAAAUAGAAACAAACUACACCUCCUGCCUGGAUUACUAUUCAAGCUUUGAGUUCUGUGACCUUCCAAAUGUAAUUAUUUUAUCUGGAAAGCACCAGCUCAACAAAGAUGACAUCAUUUUGCACUCAGAGGGCAGAUUCCACCUUGCUGAUCAUGGGAGAGAUGAGGGGCUGAUUGGAAUAUCCAUAAAGAAUCAGAGCACUGCUGAUGCGAAGAACUAUUCUCUGGAAAUUAAAUUUCCUUUAUUGCUGCAGUUAAGAGCCUUUGAAGAUAUUUGGCUAGGCCUGACAGGAACUGCUGCUUCCUCAUCUGUCCAGAGCCAAAUCCUGGUGGAGGGGAUUAUUGAUCAGAAAGAGAAAGUAAAAGUAGCUGCUUCAAAAGGAAAGGAGUGUUUUCAGUACUACAUGGGCUAUCUGCAAGGUAUGUAUCUCACUGACCAUGCUCUCAGCCACAGGACUUUGGGAAGUUUCUCUCAGGUUCAUGUCCUCACCUGGGAUUUGGAAGAAGGAGUGGAAGUCAGUGCUUGUUCUGAUGGGAAACACAUGGCUGCCAUUAACACCUAUCUCAGCAUCAAUGGUAAAAGGCAGGAAAAUGUGGGACAAUUAACUCUAGCAGCUGCUAAUGGAAGCUUGAGUCUUCUGGCCCAUGGAUGUGGGGAUCCAGUUCUUAAGGCUGAGAACAAGCUUAAUGAAAUUGGGAGCCUUUUGAAAACCACACUGAGUGAGAAGAUAAAGAAGUUUGAUGGAUACCUGUGGAGAUUCAGGAGAUCAGUGCAGCAUGUUGGUUUCCUGUCUGAAGCAGCUGGCUGGCCUUCAAUGGCCUUGCAAAGGGCAGCAGGAUUCCUGCACAGCGGGGCCACGGCUGUCACCCAGGUGUGGAAGCAAAGUGGAAUUGGGCACGUUCUGAGAAGCAGGAUCCCACUAUACCUGGAGAAAAUUCAAGAUGUUGUCCAGCAAAUGCAGAACGAAUUACAAAAGCCAUUAGCAACUCUGAAAGAUGCCUACUACGAUGUAACCUUGAAGCCACUGGAUGAAGUCUGGAAAGAGAAGACAGAAGAGCACAUGAAGAAAAUCCUGGCUUUCUUACCCAAGAUUGUAAAAGAUGUGUGGCUAAUGAAACCAAUUCAGAUGGCAUUAAAGGUUGUGAAAGCAGGCUUGGAUAUGGCUACCCAGCAGGUGCUCAGGUGGGCAGAGGCCACGUUUUCCAGAGCUGUGAGCAAGAUCCGGAAGCCCUUGCUGCACCUGUACAGUUUUUCACCCAGGAACUGUUCAGUGGCAGGAAAGCUGCCAGUACUACCUAAAGCAGACCGGUCCCUGCAGCUGGCAAACAUUACCACUUACCUCAUUGGAGAAAAACUGAUGAGGCCUCUGCAAGACCUUUACAAUCUCAACAUCCUUGCAGAGUACUACAGAAUCAAGAGGAGGAUGAUGGAGAGCCCCUUUGAAUAUCAUGCAAUGAUAGUUGGGAGUAAGCAUCUUGUGACUUUUGAUGGAAAAAUGUAUGAUUUGGCAUCAAAGUGCAGUGUUCUUCUUGCCAAGGAUUUUGUUCACAGUGCUUUCACUAUAAUACUAAAUGAGGAAACCAGGAACUCCAGAUCACUGUAUGUGGAGAUGAAUCAGACUGUGAUCACCAUCUACCCACGACUAAAGAUAUCCAAGAUGUAUAACUUCUCCCUUAUGGAAGAGAACUGCCAAGUCCUGGAUCAAUCCCCUGAAAACAGUACCAUGAAUUCAAGGCAAGGAAUCAACAAAAUAGAAGUAUCUGAUCAGAAAGGAGUUUCUGUCUCCUGUGACUUUCAGUAUGAUCUCUGUACUGUCACUCUGGCUGGGUGGCACCAUGGUGUUUCAGCUGGGCUUUUUGGUACCAAUGACAAUGAAGCUGGAAAUGAAUGGAUGGUGCCUAAUGGUUCCUUCACUGACAACGUGAGAGAGUUCACCCAGAGCUGGCAGGUGAAUAAGUGCAGUCAUGUACAGAAGAAAGAGAAGCCAUGCCCAAUUACAGCUAAGCAAAACAUCUGCAAAGUGUUCUUUGAAGAACCACAUUCACUUCUUAGGAACUGCUUCAAAGUUGUGGAGCCCGAGCCAUUCUACACCAUGUGCACACAGGACACCUGUGACUCCCCGGCCCUGGGGGCUGCCUGCAGUUUGGCAGCAGCUUUUGUUCAUUUGUGCAACCGGAAUUUUGUCCCUGUGGAAAUCCCUCCACAGUGGUAAGUUUCAUUUCUUUCAUCACCCUGAAUAUUCUGACUGCAUUGCUCCAGUACUUACAUGUCUCUGAUGCAAGAACACACAAGAAAAUAAAACUAAUGGACCUGACUGUGGCCAUGAGCAAAACUGAUCCUAUUCCCAGAAAUGCUCUUCUUGCCUCUUGGCUACCUCCCCUUCCUGCUGCUCGCUCACGAGCACACCAGAGCCCAUCCACUGCACA